AUGGUCCAUGCCGAUUACUCUCGAUUCUCGUCGGAAUCAAAGUCCGAAUUGUACGACACCAUGGCCUCCAAUGUGGAAGCUCUAGUUGAUGGUCAGACCAAUUGGGUUGCUAAUCUUUCCAAUGCCUCGUCGAUCAUCUGGCACGGUCUCAAAUCGCUCCCCGAGCCAUCCAGCGACAUCAACUGGGCCGGCUUCUACGUGAUUGAUCCUAAGAAGUCUGAACAGCUGAUUUUGGGACCUUUCCAUGGUCAGGUUGCAUGUCAGGAGAUCCCUCUGGGCAAGGGAGUGUGUGGAGUUGCUGCCAAGGAGCAGAAGACCCAACUGGUCAAGAAUGUGGAGGAGUUUCCCGGGCACAUUGCAUGCGACGGAGUCACCAAGAGCGAGAUUGUAGUUCCCAUUGUGUUGAACGGUAAGCUCUUCGGUGUCAUUGAUAUUGACUGUGCCAGUCUAGAGGGAUUCGACGAGGUGGACCAGCAGGGACUGGAGAAGAUUGCCUUGAUUCUGGCGAAGUCUUGUGAGUGGUAG